AUCAAAUCAAACCAUCAGUAGCGAGGGGGUGGGACAAGCAAUCUGUCGCAUCAUGGCUCAUCUUUGUGAAAGCUAACCUCUCAGAGCUGUAGCCUUUAACUUAUUACUAAUAUUAAUAUAUUUUUGUUUGAACCUACAAGCAUCGUUAUGGGUUUGCUGACGAUUUUGAAGAAGAUGAAGCAGAAGGAGCGCGAGAUGCGGCUGCUCAUGUUAGGUCUGGACAACGCAGGGAAGACCACCAUCCUGAAGAAGUUUAACGGAGAAGAUGUCAGCACCAUCUCGCCUACACUGGGCUUUAACAUCAAAACUCUGGAGCACAGGGGGUUUAAGUUGAACAUCUGGGACGUAGGUGGUCAGAAGUCUCUACGCUCCUACUGGAGGAACUACUUCGAGAGCACCGACGGGCUGGUGUGGGUGGUGGACAGCGCUGAUCGACUCCGACUGGGCGACUGCAGGCAGGAGCUCAGUGCUCUGCUGCUGGAGGAGAGGUUAGCUGGUGCUACGCUGCUGGUGUUUGCCAACAAGCAGGACUUACCAGGAGCAUUGUCUAAAGAAGCUAUUAGAGAGGCGCUGGCACUGGACGACAUCAAGAGUCACCACUGGUGUAUUAUUGGCUGCAGCGCUGUGACGGGGGACAACUUGUUAGCAGGAGUGGACUGGUUAACGGAUGAUAUCGCAGCGAGGAUCUUCACUGCUGAUUAAGGGUCGGCGGUAACCAAACUUCUGUAAAAACCUGUUUUUUUUUUUCAGCUGAUUUGUGCUUCAUGAUUUAUUUUAUUAAACUUGAUAUCUAGGUUUGACUGGUUUAUUUGUAGUGUAUUAAAAUUCCACAAGUCAUGAAACUAGCCUUUCUGAAAUUGCCUUGGGAUGCUAGACCUGGGAGCUAGAACCAGUUGAGUUUUCAGGAAGUUGUUCAGCUUCGUUGCUACAAACGGGUGCCCAUCAUAUUUGUGUUGGUACUCAGGAGAACCUGUGGUUGCUGCUUGGUCUUCACUUUUAAUGCACUUAAUUCUUAACUCACAAUAGGAACAAAACAGAAACGCGUUGAUGCAACAUUUUAAUUUUGACUGAAAAGGUACAUAUUGCCAGCUUAACUUAAAACCUAAUUUUCAAAUAACAUGACUGAAUUUUCUGAAUGUAAAACACAAUGUGUAAAUCGCUGCUUAUGUGAUAAAAUCAAAUAAAAAUUUAAAGCCCUUAAUUACCA